AUGGCUCCUCGUGAGGAGCUGAUUGCCUCAGCUAUUACCUUUCUACAGGACCCCUCGGUGGCAUCGUCGCCAAUUGAGAAGCGAGUCUCAUUCCUUCAAUCUAAGAACUUGACCCAAGAGGAGGUCGACAUUGCCUUAUCGCGAGUGGGCGAGGACCCAUCUGCCGCGGCCGCAGCCACAGCUGCAUCAUCCCCGGCGUCCAACUAUUCUUCACAGCAGGUUGCCUACCGGCAACCGCCACCUCCUCAAGGCUAUGGAUAUCCCCCAUAUAACCAAUGGCAACCGCCUCCCGAGCCACCCAAGAGAGAUUGGCGCGAUUGGUUUAUUAUGGCGACAGUGAUGGGCGGAGUCGGUUAUGGAUUGUAUUUUGUCACAAAGCGUUAUAUCUCACCUUUAAUCGCCCCACCGACCCCUCCCCAGCUGGAGCAAGACAAGGAGAACAUUGAUGAACAAUUUUCGCGCGCAUUUACUCUAAUUGAACAACUCUCAACCGACACUGCCGCCCUGAAGUCCGCUGAAGAAGCCCGAACCGAGCGCCUCGAUAGCGCUCUCAAGGAUGUGGAGACUCUUGUCGCUGAUCUCAAGAACUCGUCCCGCCGGAGGGAUGAUGAAACUCGUCGCAUCAGCGAUGAGGUAAAGUCAUUGAAGGAUGCUAUUCCCAAGGCCCUCGAGGGUGCUCGGGAAGGCAAUGAGAACCGAUUGAAGGACCUCGGAACCGAGCUCAAGAGCUUGAAGGUCUUGCUGGGCAACCGUCUUGGCGGUAGCGGAGCUACUCCCGUUGCUGGCAGGACUGUUGGAUCAACUCCUAUCCCCACUGCUCCUCGCCAGACUCCGGAGGAGACUCCCGCCAGCUCCACUACCCCCGCUCCCUCCAACGGUCUCGCUGCCACUGUGACUUCGGCCGAACAAGAACCUACUCAGGCCGCUGCCCCUGCUACCCCGGCUGCGCCCAGCCCAAGCCCCAACAACCCCCUCUCCAAGCUUGGUCGGUCUGCCUCUAUCCCAGCUUGGCAAAUGGCCGCAGCCAACCGGUCCAAGGCCAACUCGGAAUCGAGUGCGCCUUCUACCCCGGCUGAGGCGGCUGCUAACCCCAGCCAGGAGCAGGCUGCUCCUCCCAGCUAA